UCCACACAACCCCCACAAAAAAAAGAAGAAAAAAAAAAAAUCAAGCAAAUUAAUACAACAUGAUAGAAGAAAACUUCAAAGUGAAUCCCAAGUCAUUUGCCAUCUUCACCUCCAUAACCAUUUUGUCCAUCAUCAUCCUACGGUGGCUCAUCUCUAAGCCUGCCAGGACCGGUGCCGGUCUCCGGCUCCCACCGAGUCCAAUAGGUCUCCCAAUAAUUGGUCACCUUCAUCUUCUUGCACCUAUUCCUCACCAAGCACUCCACAAACUAUCAUUGCGUUACGGUCCUUUGAUCUUUCUCCGAUUAGGUUCUGUCCCUUGUGUUGUUGCCUCAUCGCCGGAGACCGCAAAAGAGUUCCUUAAAACUCAUGAGCUCUUUUUUGCCGACCGUCCUCAAUCAAAAGCAGUCAGUUAUCUCACGUAUGGUUCUGCAGACUUCUCUUACGCUCCUUUUGGAGCUUAUUGGAAGUUCAUGAAGAAACUUAGUAUGUCCCAAUUAUUAGGAGGUCAGACUUUAGAACAACUUAAUUUUAUCAGGAAGGAGGAAGUAGUAAGAUUUUUGCGAAUAUUGCAAAUGAAAGCCAAAGAGAAAAUGAAGGUGGAUCUUAGUGGAGAUCUCAUAAGAAUGAGUAACAACGUUAUAUGCAGGAUGACGAUGAGCCGAAGGUGCUCGGAGAACGAAGGGGAAGCGGAGGAAGUGAGGAAGUUGGUGGAGGAGACGGCGGAGAUCAUCGGAAAAUUCAACUUGGCUGAUUAUAUUAGUUUUUGCAAGAACUUUGAUUUGCAAGGGUUUGAUAAAAGGUUGGAGGAUGUUCGCCGGAGAUUCGAUCAUAUGAUGGAAGGGAUAUUGGAAGAGAAGAAGGCGGCGGUGACGGCAGGGGGUGGUGGAACUGCCGUGAAGGAUAUUUUGGACAUUUUACUUGAUAUACAUAAAGAUGAGAAUGCUGAGAUGAAACUGUCUUUGGAGAACAUCAAAGCUUACAUUCUGGACAUCUUCGCGGCGGGCACGGACACGUCGGCGUUAACAAUAGAAUGGGCAUUAUCGGAGCUCAUCAACAACCCAAGUGUGUUAGAAAAACUCCGAGAAGAGAUAGACACAGUGGUAGGCAAGAACCGGCUCAUCAGCGAAGCAGACAUAUCAAGCAUGCCAUACUUACAAGCCAUAGUAAAAGAAACACUACGUCUACACCCAACCGGGCCAAUGACAGUGAGAGAAUGCACAAAAGAUUGCGAGAUCAAUGGGUACAACAUACAAGCCAAAACAAGACUGUUUGUGAACAUUUGGGCUAUAGGGAGGGACCCAGAUUAUUGGAAAGAGCCACUAAAGUUCAUGCCAGAAAGGUUCAUGGAGGAAGGGUGCAAUGGGAUUGAUGUGAGAGGGCAGCAUUUUCACAUGCUUCCCUUUGGGAGUGGGAGAAGAGUUUGUCCGGGAGCGUCACUGGCGUUGCUUGUGGUGCAUGCCGGGCUUGGUGCGCUGGUGCAGUGCUUUGAUUGGGAGGUUGAUGGAAUGGUUGAUAUGACUGAAGGUCCUGGCUUGACUCUGCCACGUGCUAAACCUCUUGUUUGCACUCCGGUUCUGCGUCUCAACCUUUUGCCUUUACUUGCUUGAUUUGAUGAUUGUGCCUUUUAAGACUCUUAUCAUUGUCUUGAGUAUGUGAUGGUGGUUUUUAUAUUUUUUUAUAUACUUGGUAUGAAUUUGACCGGCAAAUGAAGUAUUGUUGUUCUCGUUUGUCAUUUGUGGUAUCACUAUAUAAUACAAGUCACUUGCAUUAUUAUCACUAUAAUAACUCUCAGAGUCAGACAUACACAUAAGUCUAAC